AUGACGGUAUACUGGCUUAGUAAUCAAAAUAUACUAUCAAAGCGAGGUGGGGUCAUCGGGGACUGCGCACUUUUCCACCAUUCCAUUCAUUCCCUUCAUUAUCUGCUACCCAGCCAACGUACCGUAUUACAUCUUAAUUCACCCGUUUAUCACAACUACCUACGCAACAGACAUACGAUGCUAGGGGGCAAAUCCAUUGUUGAUCGCAUCAGGGAUACGUUUAAACAUGCAGAAUCUGACUAUCCUUUGUACGCAUCAAUCUGCAAAAACGACAUACCGACUUUGCAAGAAGCGCUUGGGUUUCCCGAGGCUUCACUUUUGUUGUCAUUUGGGGAUGGCUGUUGGGGAACUCCACUCCACGUAGCAGUCUAUCUAGACAAUAUCGAGGCAGUUAAUCUGUUAUUACAAGCUGGUGUAGAUGUCGCUGCUGAGUCGUCUACACAAGAGGAUGGCUUAUCACCGCUAGCACUAGCUGCGAGUGUGGGCAAUCAACGUCUACUUUGGCGAUUGUGGCAACAUCUCCACUCCCAGACGGACGCCAACAAGACAAAUGUUGAUUCGUGUCUUUUCCAAGCCUCAAUCAACAGUCAGAUCACUGUUCUACGAGCUUUAUUGACUUGGAAAGAGUGGACAACAGAAGCCAAGGAUGGAGCCUUAUUUUGGGCCGCACGCAGCUGGAAGGCAUAUUCUGCACAACUUCUCACUUCAGAGCUGUCCUUUUCCCAGGAUAUCUUAGACCGGGCUCUAAGUUAUGCAGCAGAUUACAAGCCUUUAUUAGGAGACAACUUCAAACUAGACUACAGUGUGCGUUUAAAUGAUACAGCUAUUCGUAUCCUUCUCAGUCACAAUCCCUCUAUUUUCCAGGCCGAUAAUGAGUCUGGGGCUACCCCCCUUCACGCUGCCGCUUUUGGCUCCAACCUCGACACGCUACAGCUAUACUUGUCAUCUCCUCCAUUCGAACAGAGAGGUCAAGCUCUGACUACUAAAAACAACUAUAACGAAACGCUACUAAAUUACGCAGCUGCAGGAGCCAAGUGUGAUAUUAUAGAGUUUCUUCUCAGUCAGGGGCUUAAUGUCAAUAGUGUUAACGCAAACGGCUGGACACCUCUGCAUUGCGCCCUGACUCCAACGCGGCAGGGCUCACAGCUGAAUGGACUUAGCAAGUCAAUUUCUGAAGCUCUAAGAGUAGCACAGCUACUUCUCUUCCACGGUGCCGACCCUUAUAUUGUUACGGCUGAGGGAUGGACGCCACUGCAUUGCCUUUCCCUAUUUAGUAGCAGAAAGACAAAUGAUACCGAACUGAUUCAGUUAGUGGAUAACCUAAUCUAUCGUGGUAUUAAUAUACAUACCCAAGCAACAUUCAUAUUCUGGAAUGAAUUAGGCGAUAUAGAACCUAAGGAUUUUUACUGGGGCCACGAAGUCCAAAUGAGUAUCCAAAACCCUGAGACCUCGGGGGCGAUAGUACGAUCUGGUUACACUUCACUACAUUUCGCCGCUGCUCGUGGUAGCAUAAGCCUGGUCAAGGUUUUACUAAGCCGUGGAGCUGAUCCACUUGCCAAAGAUGCGAGAGGAAAUACAGCAAUCAAGAUAGCAGUUAAUUCAUUAUUGAUGGAUGAUUACCCGAGAAGACGUCAGGAUAUAGUACAGCUUCUAACGAAAGCGGCUCAGUUGUCUCCAUCUUAG